AUGGACCCAAGCCUCGACCUCUUCAAGAUGUCGACUUGUACCACUUGCAAGUUCAAGCAGAACCGAUCGAACUACUGGACUGCCGUCAUGUACUUCAGGCACCAGAACGGUAGCUUCAUCCGCGUUCCUCAAUUCGCCAACCACGCCACUGGUAGCCCCAACGGCGGUAUGACCGUCUACUACAUCCAGCCCCCUGAUAACAGCAAAGUUACCGCUUUCCCCAAGGGCUUCCGCAUGAUCACCGGUGACCCUAUGCUUCGCUCUCGCAACACCAGGAUCGACCCCACCUCCCCCGAGGCCUACGCCUUGACUUUCCGAUGCUGGGAAAGUCAGAGCUUUAUGGACCCUUCGAACAUGUCUCCCCCUGGUGGUGGUAACUACGAUACUGUCGAGCUACCGAAGAAGAAGUGCAAUGGUGGUAUUCGUGCCAAUAUUUUCUUCCCUUCAUGCUGGGACGGUAAGAACCUUGACUCUCCAGACCACAAGAGCCACGUCGCCUUCAUGCAAGGUCGUGUCAACCCUGCUCAGGGUAUCAUCUUGUUCGGCGGAACUUGCCCUGCAUCCCACCCUGUCAGAAUCCCCAUGAUCCUCUUCGAGACUGCCUGGGAUACCCGCCCAUUCAACAAUAUGUGGCCAAGCGACGGCUCCCAGCCAUUCGUUCUCAGUCAAGGUGACCCUACCGGCUACGGACAUCACGGUGACUAUGUCUUCGGAUGGGAAGAUGGUGUUCUCCAGCGCGCGAUGGAUACGUGCACUGAUAUCAACGGUGUCCCUGAGCAAUGCCGAGCCCUCCAGACCCAAUCCGAUGCUGAGAUGAACCGAUGUGUUAUGCAACCAUCCGUCAACGAGCGAACUGAAGGAGAAUACCUCUCCGCUCUCCCUGGAUGCAACCCCAUCCAGAACGGACCUGAGCCCGCGACCAUGAUCAGGAACUGCAACGCUAUUUCGACCACUGGUAUCGGAGGACCCGUUGUCACUAACCCUCCUGUCGUCACCAACCCGCCCGUCGUCAACCCUCCCGUCACCCAGCCCGGCGCUCCUCUCCAGACUCGCUUCGGCCAGUGCGGAGGUCAAGGAUGGACUGGACCCACUCAGUGCCAGCCUCCAUAUGCUUGCCAGGUUUCGAACCAAUGGUACUCGCAGUGCAUCUAA